AUGAUAAUUUUUGCAUUAAUCACACUGGUGUUGGCCCAAAAUGAAACAUUAGUCAUAAAGUACCCCUAAGACUUAGCUCAGAGACCUGAGUUGGAUAAGAUAAAAUUUAAUAUUGCAAAUUUUGGUUUUGUGCCAUAUGGAUAAAGAAUUGCAGGUGUGCUUGAAGUAGCAUAACCUUUUAAUUUUUGUUAACCAAAUUUCAAUACUACUAGUACUUAUAAUAGUGACUAUUCAAAUGUUAAGGUACUUCUAGUGUAAAGAGGGAAUUGCACAUUUUACACCAAGACUAUCAAUGCACAAUCGUUUGGCUAUUAAAUGUUGGUGAUUGUGGAUGAUAUGGAUGAGGAAAUAACAGGAUUGAAUUUGGUCAGCUUGAAUGAAACAAAGGAAAUUGAUAUUCCAGCAAUAAUGAUUUCCAAAAAGUAGGGUGAUAUAAUAAAAUAAUAUAUGGAUGCAAUUACGAGUGAUAGAGUGUAUAUAGUGGUGAAAUUUCCAGAGAUGAUCAAAACUGACAAAGUGAACUACCAUUAUUGGUUUAGUGCAAUGGAUAAAUCGAGCUAUUAGUUCUUGGAAUAGUUUUAUCCAUUCCAUAUGGAAAUGAAAGAUCAAUUACAAUUCACUCCACAUUAUGCUAUAGACAGAUGUGGGAUUUGCAAAAAGAACAAUUACAACACUCGCAAUUAACAAUGCUUAUCUGGAGGUAGAUAUUGUGCAAGUGACCCUGAUGCAGACGGUCCUUUGACUGGUCAAGAUGCAGUAAGAGAAAUUGUCAGACAAUUGUGCAUCUUCAAAUAAGACUAGUCCAAAUGGUGGAGGUAUGUUGUAAGGUACAGCGACAUCUGUCUAACUUAAAUGUAAGCAAAAUAAUGCUCAAUCGAAGUCAUGAAGAAAUUGAACAUUAAUCCUGAAACUAUUCAGUCUUGCUAUGACAAAAGCUUUAGUGCUGGCGAUGAUGAACUCGAUGACAACACUUUACUUAGCGAAUAGCAUCAAAUCAACCUCAACUACUCUGCCACAUCUUGGCCCAUCUUAUACAUCAAUGACUUAAAAUACAAAGGAUCCUUGACUGUCUCUACUUAUUCCUAUAAUUAUGAAACCGGUGCCUAACAACUGAUUGACACAUCUCAUUUCGGACCUUUAUAAACCAUCUGCAGAAGUUUCAAAGAGGAAUCCCUUCCAAGUGUUUGUAAAUAAAGAAUGAUCGGAUACAUAGAUGACGGAGUCUGGGUUGAACACUCUUAGAGUUCCAGCACAUGGGUUAUCUGGGUAGUGGUACUCACUACAAUGUUACUCCUGAUGAUUUGUACUACUUUCCUAUACAAGAGAAUGUUUAGAAAAGAAGCUAAUGAACAAAUUAAUUAAUAAGUCAACAUCCAUCUGGCUCAAUAUUAUGCAUUGAAUGAAUAGGAGAAAAGUAUGAGAAAGUGA